AUGUCAAGCGCAUCAGACAACAAGUCCGAACAGCAGGACGAAACCAAGCAACACACUCUGAAGCACUCCCACGCAUUUGUGGCUCACACCUCUUCGUCCUUGAAAGAUUCAAAACUCCUGUGGCCCUCGAAAGGGUCACGGGUUCACACAGUCGGCGUGCAGGAUGAGGAGCUGGUUGCUGUGACUCGCGCUCUGGGCGAUUUAUUUCAGGGUAGGGAUGCCGAACAAGUCCUUGCUGGCUUUUGCCAGAAGAUAUUCCUAUUAUUCCAGACAGACACAAAAGCACUGGGUAUAGCAAGUGUCAUCGCGGAGCAGCUCUUCAAGAGUUUCGACGACAACGGGUCAUUUGGACGAGAAACGAUGCCCAUGGGCAUUCAAGGAGUCCAAGAAUUAAAUUGGACCACCCAGAACGAAGAGCUAGCUCCCCUCCGCAAAGAGUAUCAGACCAGGGUCAAGGCUGAGGGUGGCCCAUUACCACCGUUCUCCAUGACAGAUUCAAAAGGAAACCAGCUUCUCUUUGCUGGACUGGAGGAGGAGACGCUGAUCAUCAUCGAUAAGACAAUGCUGUCAGCAGGUCUUGUCAGAUACCGCCAUCAUACUUUCGACAUAGGCGUAAACCGGGCCAAAUGUUCGUGGCAGCUGUUCGUCAAAAUCAAACACCGAGAUUUUUUGCGCUCGUGGUUUCGCACUAGUGCAGCACCAAUUCAAGAUAUGGCUGUGGCUAUUAUGACGGCAAUGCGAAUCUUUUCGGAAGCCCGUUGUUUCAUCAAUGAACCUGGCAGGCGAACAGAGGCAGUCAUUUUGGUGGAAACAAUCCGACGAGGGGAGUUUUACAUGAAUUCGACCGUGAUUGAUGAUGAUGAUGAAGGAACUGCCGCUGCUCCGGGAACGCUCACCCCUAGUUAUUCUGUCGUCUCGGCGCACGAUGGCAGUGAACACAAUGUUUCUGCCAGUCCAAAUUCUCGUUCACGCUCAGAUAACUCCCAUUCACGACCAGCCACAUCUUCGUCUUCAUCAUCUUCUGGUUCUUCUUCCUCAUUAAGCACAAUGGUCAAACGGUCGAUCCCAGAUUCCACUGUGAAUAUGCAGGCCAGUUCCACAAAGAAGGGCAAAAAGAAGCGGUCAACCAGAAAGAAACCGCAGAAAAAGACGGUACCUCAGGACCAGACGCAGGCAAACGAAAGCCCAGGAGACAAGAGCUUGUCUGAGAUCGUGGACAAGAUGGCAGACGCCAAACUCGACGCACCGACCGAUAUGCCACCAUCAGCGUCUGCUGUCCAGCAUGAUGGAGGCAGUCCUACGGAGAAUUCGAACGUUCCUACCUCGAUGAAAGUGAAGCGGAAGGCUAAAGACGAGGAACUCCGUAAGGCUCGAACAACCGAAGGGCUGGGAAGGGGCCUCGGUGAUACUAUUUCUCGUCGUUCGAGUGAUUCUGACCGAACGGUAACUCCAGCAGAUUUCUCCAAUAAAGAUGGCGCCAAGGAUUCUUCUAGCAAAGGUCAACAAGGGAUCCAAAAAAGUGGAGAUGAUGAUGCAGUUCUUGAUACAAAGGGCAAAGGACAUACCAAGAAGGAAGACAACAACACCACAGCCACUUUGACUGAAUCAGUCUCCCGCGAGCAGCGUUCCCAGCCUGUGGACCAGGGGCCUCAACGCCCUCCUGCUGCGUUCAAGUUCGACAGCUUUGAUCCACGUCUGCGGUGUUUGCAACCCGACUGUCGAAACAUGACAAGUUGCUGGGUCAUCUGCCCUGCCUGUGGCACUGACAGCUUCACCCGCUACUGCAGAAAGCAGCACCUGUACGACGACAUCCAACGCCACUGGGCCCUGGAAUGCGGAAGGAACAAGAUCAAGGGACCGAUCGACCGGAACACAAUUCGCCCCAAACAACUCCCCAAGCGUCCCUACACUUUUGGCCAAUACCAUGACAUGGUCGAGCGUCACAGACAGGCGGUAUACCGCGCGAUGGAGGAUGCUGACUUCUUCAUCUUCAACGACGUCGAGAUGCUUGACGACAGCAUCGUGCAGCCGACACAAGAGCAGUGGAAUUCGGUGCGCGGAACAGGUGCUGCGGUGUUACAGAUUAUCUUUCCCGAUGACAUGACGCCGCACUCCGACCGGCAGGUUUUCAACUACCACAUUCAGCGCAUCUUGUCGGUAGGCAAGCCAUUGGCCGAGGACAGUUGUAUGAGAGCGAUGGAAAUGAUUCGCUCGGCGCUAGUCAUGUCGGGCAGCUGGAGGGAGGAGGUAUUGACCUACCUGUGCAUGCAACUGACAGGUGAAUGGGGCAAUUUCAAGGUGCCAGAGCGCUUUUACAACGUCGAGCAAGUGAACGGAAUGUGGCAAAUGCAUCGUGUGCUCAUGGCAUGA